UUAGAUGUAUCAAUGUCCCAUAUUGAGGUCCAUUAACCAAAAGUAUAAUAAAUCAUGGGCAAGAGAGAAAUUAUGUUGGUUUUGAGCAUAUUGUUGCUAUUGGUAGGAAGCUCUAAAGGGUUGAAUGAAUUUGACUACUACCAAGUUAUUUUCCAAUGGCAACCAGCUGCUUGUAGUAGCGCAACUCUAAAAUCUCCAUGUGUCAAACGUCCAGAAAAUAGGUUCACUAUCCAUGGUGUUUGGCCUAGCCUCACAUCUGGAAAUGCUACAAAAUGCUCUGGCACUCCCCCCUAUGAUGGUAAUAAGAUAUACGCAAUUCGGAGUAGGCUGGAUCAAGAUUGGCCAAGUGUGGUUUAUGGAACAAAUCCAACAUUGUGGAGCCAUGAGUGGAAAACCCACGGAACUUGUUCAAAUUACUAUUUGGACCAAUACAACUAUUUUAACUUUGGACUUAGUGUAUUUGGUAAGUACAAUAUGAUAUCCAUUCUCAGAAAAUAUGGUAUCAAUCCAGAUGGAAAUGAUUACUCCAUAGACUACAUUGAAAGUGCAAUUUAUAAUGCAACGGUCAAAUGGCCAGCCCUUCGCUGCAACAAAAACAAGUCGUCUGGUAAAAAACAAUUAUAUGAAAUUGCUUUGUGCUUCACAAAGGUUAAUCGAGCUCUUCAAGAUUGUCCCUACAACGCUGUUACAUGUGGCAAUAAAUUCUCCUGGAAUUCAUGAAGAGGCUGUGUGCAUUAUGUGGAGGAACUACUACCCCUACAAGCUAAUUAAGGGGCUUCUUAAUAAAUGGCUUGAAAAGUACUAUGUAUCUUCAUGUGGUUUUCUUUGUAAGUGUUUUGUAACAAUGUAUGCCUUCAUAUGUUAUGAAUGGAAGAAUUACUUCAA